UAUUUUGCAUGGCACUGUUUGUUCUGAUGAAAACAAAUUCUGCGCCAUUGUUUGCUCUCAAAGCUGCAGGCGAUGUUGUGACGUACCCAUGCCAACCGCGCCCUCUUUAACCUCAGAUCUCCGGCGCCGCACGGAAACGACGGCAGCCGGAGGUCUAUGCAAAGAGGGGGAACUACGCGAUGAUCAAAGUAAGAGAGAAGGAACAUUUUGAGAAAGUAUUGUAGAAGCUCCUCAGUGUGAGAGAAGAAGACCUUGAGGAAGAAAAAGAAGACCUUGUUGAGGAAGAGUUGAAGACAUGAGUGUGGACCCCAAUUCGACGGCGCCACCAUCAGAUGGUGAAAGUUGUUUGUUAGUGUGGUCUGAUCAGUGUGUCAUUGUGUGUCCCCUCUUCCUCCUGCGACCAGUCACGCCGGAGGCGGUGGGCUUCCUGUCGGUGGUGGGGGUCUUCAUUGCGGCCCUGGCGCUUGUCUUCCUCUUCAUCAACAAGAUGCUCUGCUUCUCCAAAGUUGGCGGAGCCCCGUGUCUGGAGCAGCAACAGCGGCGACGGCGCUCCAGGACCGAGCGCUCGCAGCUGGCACGGCAAGGCGUCGACAGGACCUCGAGCGCGGACGCUGAUGGUGGCCAAUCGUCUUCAGACAGCGACAACCAGGUGAUGAAGAACUUUGAGAUCUCCGUGUCGCGUUCGCAGAGUUUGCGAUCAGUGCCGUCCAAAGUCGGCGAACAGCCUACACGAGUUACUGAACUUCGUAAUCAGUUCUCUCAUUCAUCGGAGCAACGGGACGCCAGCACUGAGCUGUCAGAUUCUGAAGAUGUUUUCCCGCCGGCUGUCGUUGAGGCGGACGAUCAUCACAACCGUCUGGAUGACCUCCAGGGGGUGCCGGAGGGACCCAUGCUACAGCUACAGCAACAAUAUUCAUUGGCCACCGUGGAGGAAAGUCCCGCUCCCUCAGCCCCCGAACUCCCAAUCAUGGAUGGUGAUUCGGAAGACGUGGAGGCAUUACACCAUCAGACAACCGCUGUCGACGCCACGUUAGACCCUCAAGGUCAUCAGGAGCCCCGCCUACAAGACGCCACCCCCCCGCCGGAGACUGUCUCCUCUCCACGGCAACUAGUCUCCAAGUGCUGCGACCUGCUGGUUUCGCUGGAGUACCGGGCAGCGACUGAGAAGCUGCUGGUCACUGUCACUUCGGCGCGAGAUCUACCUGACCGGCGUCGCAGCGGGAUGGAGGCAUGGCAGGUCCACGUGGUCCUCAUGCCAGCCAAGAAGCAGCGACACAAGACUUCAUUGAAGCGGGUGGUCUCGGGCCACCCGGACGCUCCGGCGCCGCUUGUCUUCGGCCAGACCUUCGCCUUGACGCACGUGGAAGCCUCACGGCUGGCGGUGUCGGCACUCCGCUUUCGCAUGUAUGCGCUGGAGGGAAGGAUGGCCCGGCGGAGGAUGAUGGGCGAGAAGCUUCUGCCUCUGGCCAGCGUGGACCGGGCCGGAGGAUCCUCUGACCUCCAUCUGGUCCUUGAACCUCGCUGCAACAUCAAGAGCCUGGAUUCAGAACUGAGCCUGGUGGGUGACGGCGCCUCAUCUACUCAGUCGCUGACCCACGGCGCCGUCCCCGAGCUCCUGAUGGGCCUCUCGUACAGCGCCGCCACUGGGAGGAUGUCUGUGGAAAUCAUCAAGGGAAGCCACUUCAGGAACGUGGCAGCCAACAGACCUCCGGACACAUUCGCCCGGUUGACGCUUCUGAACUCGGUGGGCCAUGAGAUCUCACGCUGCAAGACAUCCGUGCGGCGCUGUCAACCCAACCCGGUGUACAAGGAGACCUUCGUGUUCCAGGUGGCACUCUUCCAGCUGUCGGACGUUACGCUGAUGGCGUCCGUGUACAGCCGGCGAAGCCUCAAGCGCAAGGAGAUGAUCGGCUGGGCCGCCCUGGGCCAGAACAGCAGCGGCGAGGAGGAGCGUCUUCACUGGAGGGACAUGAGGGACGGCCGCGGGACGCAAGUAUGCAGGUGGCACGUCCUCCUGGAAGCGUGACCGUCAAUUUUGCUGCUAGCAAAGUGUGACGUUUUCAGGAAAAACAAAAGUCUUCUUCCUACAAAAAAAUGUGACUUUUUUCUGUCAAAUAUUGUAAAUUGUUGUUGUAAUUUUUGCACAUUUGAAGGAAACAUUUAAAAUUUUGACUCUUUUUGUGCCGUUCUAAAUGUUCUAAAUCUUUCUUUUUUUGUACUUAAAUUUCACUUAAAGGAAACCUGAGUUACUGAAUGUAUGAUAUGAAUGUUACAGAACAUACUGUAUACAUUUUUAUAACCCUUUCAUUAGGCAAUCGUUUAAUUCAUUCGCUGCCAAACUCACCCCCUCAAAAUGGAUUGGACAUCUCACGACGUCAAUGACUUUGAAAGAUGGGCAUUCACAGUCAGCCCUCCAGUUUAAAUGAAUUGGACGGUUAUCGUUAUCAAUGGCAGGUAAUGCGUUUAAUACAAUGAAAUUUAAAAGAAAAAUAAAAACAAAGAAAAAUCCAUUUUAGAGUGUUAUUGAGGCACAUAACUUGAGUGUUUUACUUUUUUGUUUAAAUUCAUUUGAAUUAUAUUUAGUUUUUAUGAUUAAAUUCAUUUGAAUUAUAUUUAGUUUUUAUGAACAUUUUUAUUACUUCAUCGUUUUGUUUAUUCAUAUAUAUAAAUAACGCCAAUAAAUAUUUUCAUUUUCUGUUGCAUGAAAUCAUUCUAUACAAUUUUUGGUCACUGAUUUCAAAUACGCCGUCAGGUAUUUUUUUCUUUUUGCUUUGGUUUUCCUUGCAAUUGGCAUUUUUGGAAUUAUAUUAGUGGUAUUUUAUACAGGUUCUUAAAAUGUAUAUUUUCACCUCAUACAAGUUUAACUUUUCACUCCUUAGCAAAGUUGUAUACAUUUUUUCUGAAUCUCAACAUUAGCUUAUCAUAGUUGACAAAUUAUCAGCUAAUGGAGCACUUUGGCAGCAGUGCAGUACAGCAGGCAUCAUUGUCAUUGUUUCUUCAUGUGUACAGUUGUCUAAACUAGGGCUGCAGCUGUCAAUUAUUUUUGUAGUCGAUUAAUCUAUCAACUUGAAUAAUCGAGUAAUCGGAUUAGGAACAUUUAAUGUGUUGCAUAAUAAAUUUUAGGAGAUUGCACUUUCAAAAGCGCAUUAAAUGCAAAUACAAAAUAAAUUUCCUGAGUGUUUCUUCAAACUAUGCAAAAUUGCACUUUAACUUAGAAAUACAUUAAAAUAGCUGAGCUUCGCCUCAAACAGUAUAAAAAAUUAAUACAUGAGGAUAUAAAUUCAACGGAAGAAAAAUCGGUUAACUUGCAUAGCAAAUGUCUGUGAUCUUAAAUGCUAUAAAAUGAUUUUUUAAAAAUUUUACAAUGUUCUUAACAAAUCGUUCAAACACAUUUUCCCACAAAAAAAACAGCUAAAUAUACCCAUAAACUAAAUUACAAAUGCAUUAAAAAAAACAUAUUAGCUCCAACAAAAAUGUUAAAUGAGUAAAGAAAAUAACAACGUAAGCUUCAAAAGGUCUAAGAAGAUUAAUGAGAAUUGAAGAAUUGAACAAUAAAAGAACAAUUAUCUAACUUGCAUAUCAAGUCCGCUAGCUUGAAUGCUUUAAAAUGCUUUUAAAAAUGUUUUUUUUUUUUUUUUUUAACAAUGCUCUUAACGAAUUGUUCAAAUACAUAUUACCACAAAAAACAUACAUAAACAAUCAUAUUAGCUCAAACAAAAUCUUACAAUCUUAUGUUGGUCUUAACAGGGAGCAGCUGGAUCAAACCAUGUUAGACGAGUUAUGUCUUAUUCACUGUUGUCACUAGAGGGCAGUGUAUUUACCCAAAUCAAUAACACUAAAUGCAAAAACUUUCAAACCAUUACAACGCCACUCUAAACGAAUACUUGAAGUAGCAAAAUUUGAUUUGAAGCUUUUUUUCUAAUCAAAUUACUCGAGUUAAUUGAUUAAUUGGUGCAGCGCUAGUCUAAACCUCGCAUUACAGGUAUUAUUUUGCUGCAUAUUAUUACUUUUGGACUAUAUUUUAGGUGCUUGUUUUGCACCAGAAAAAUUUUUAGCGUACUGUGGUGCGCAUUCAGCACCCAAAAAUUAAUUAAGUUUACCUCAAUGCAACAAAAUUGUUGAUAAAAAAAAUAAUGAUUUAAAAAACAUAAUUUUAACCAUGCGCCCACAUACAGUAAGGAAAAUAAGUUGUAGUUGUCAAGACCCAUGUGCAGAAAAACACAUCUAAAGCAUGACACUACCACCCCAAUGCUCCACAGUAGGAAUGGUGUUCUUGGUCCUCAUCAUUCUUCUUCCUCCAAACACGAUGAGUGGAAUUCAGACCGAAAAUCUCCCACAUGACUUUCGCCCAUGACUUCUCUGGAUCAUCCAAAUGGUCAACGGCAAACUUAAAACAGGCCAGGACGUGUGCUGGUUUAAGCAGGCAACCGUGACGACUUAGUGUAUUACCAACAGUAACCUUGGAAAUGGUGGUCCCACCUCCUUUCAGGUCAUUGAGGCCUGUGUAGUUCUUGGCUGAUUCCUCACUAUUCUUAGGAUCAUUGAGACUCUAUAAGGUAAAUCUUGCAUGGUGCCCCAGUCCGAGGGAAAUUGACACUUAUGUUUGGCUUCUUCCAUUUUCUAAUAAUUGCUCCAACAGUGGAUCUUAUAUCAUCAAGCUACUUGGCAAUUGCCCUGUAGCCGUAUCCAGCCUUGUAGAGGUCUACAAUUCUGUCUCUGGUAUCUUAGGACAGCUCUUUGGUCAUGACCAUGUUAGUAAUUGGAGUCUUACUGAUUGUAUGGGGUGGAUACAGUGCUGGCCAAAAGUAUUGACACCCCUGCAAUUCUGUCAGAUAAUGCUCAAUUUCUUCUAGAAAAUGAUUGCAGUUACAAAUAGCAAUAUAUUUUGCUUGCAAUGAAAAAACACAAAAAAAGAAUGGGAAAAAAAAUUAAAUCAUCAUCAUUUAAGCAAAAUUCCAAACAUGGGCCGGACAAAAGUAAUGGCACCCUUUGAAAAAUCAUGUGAUGCUUCUCUAAUUUGUCUAAUUACCAGCACCUGUUACUUACCCGUGGUACAUAACAGGUGUUGGCAAUGACGAAAUCACACUUGCAGCCAGUUAAAAUGGAUUAAAGUUGACCCAACCUCUGUCCUGUGUCCUUGCGAGUACCACAUUGAGCAUCGAGAAAAGAAAGAAGGCCAAGAAUUGUAUGAGGACUUGAGAAGCAAAAUCGUGAGGAAGCAUGGGCAAUCUCAAGGCUACAAGUCCAUCUCCAAAGACCUGAAUGUUGUUGUGUUUACUGUGCGCAGUGUUAUCAAUAAGUGUAAAGCCCAUGGCACUCUGGCUAACCUCCCUAAAUGUGGACGGAAAAGAAAAAUUGACGAGAGAUUUCAAUGAAAGAUUGUGCGGAUGGGGGAUAAAGAACCGACUAACAUCCAAACAAGUUCAAGCUGUCCUGCAGUCUGAGGGUACAACAGUGUCAACCCGUACUAUCCGUUGGCGUCUGAAUGAAAAGGGACUCUAUGACCCAGGAAGACCCCACUUCUAACCCAGAGACAUAAAAAAGUCAGGCUGGAGUUUGCCAAAACCUACCUGAGAAAGCCAAAAACGUUUUGGAAGAAUGUUCUCUGGUCAGAUGAGACAAAAAUAGAGGUUUUUGGCAACAGGCAUCAACAUAGAGCAGGGGUGGGCAAACCGGUCCUCGAGGGCCGCAGUGGCUCCUGGUCUUUUUUCUAACUGAUUCAGCACAGACAGUUUAACCAAUGAGGUUUCAGUGGAAACCAGAAGCACCUGACUGCAAUCAACUGAUUGCACCUGUAAGAAACCAGAUUGGUGAAAGACUGUCCUCAUGAUGGGUAUGAGCAAAAACCGGCACCCACUGCGGCCCUUUGUGGAAUAGUUUGCCCACCCCUGACAUAGAGUGUACUGGAAAAAAACGAGGCCUUCAAAGAGAACACGGUCCCCACAGUCAAACAUGGUGGAGGUUGCCUGAUGUUUUGGGGUUGCUUUGCUGCCUCUGGCACUGGACUGCUUGACCGUCUGCAUGGCAUUAUGAAGUCUGAAGACUACCAACAAAUUUUGCAGCAUAAUGUAGGGCCCAGUGUGAGAAAGCUGGGUCUCCCUCAGAGGUCAUGGGUCUUCCAGCAGGACAAUGACCCAAAACACUAGACUCACACUCAAAAAACACUAGAAAAUGGUUUGAGAGAAAGCACUGAAGACUUCUAAAGUAGCCAGCAAUGAUUCCAGACCUGAAUCCCAUAGAACACCUGUGGAGAGAUCUGAAAAUGGCAGUUUAGAAAAGGCAGCCUUCAAAUCUCAGAGACCUGGGUAUGAGCAAAAACCGGCACCCACUGCGGCCCUUUGUGGAAUAGUUUGCCCACCCCUGACAUAGAGUGUACUGGAAAAAAACGAGGCCUUCAAAGAGAACACGGUCCCCACAGUCAAACAUGGUGGAGGUUGCCUGAUGUUUUGGGGUUGCUUUGCUGCCUCUGGCACUGGACUGCUUGACCGUCUGCAUGGCAUUAUGAAGUCUGAAGACUACCAACAAAUUUUGCAGCAUAAUGUAGGGCCCAGUGUGAGAAAGCUGGGUCUCCCUCAGAGGUCAUGGGUCUUCCAGCAGGACAAUGACCCAAAACACUAGACUCACACUCAAAAAACACUAGAAAAUGGUUUGAGAGAAAGCACUGAAGACUUCUAAAGUAGCCAGCAAUGAUUCCAGACCUGAAUCCCAUAGAACACCUGUAGAGAGAUCUGAAAAUGGCAGUUUAGAAAAGGCAGCCUUCAAAUCUCAGAGACCUGGAGCAGUUGGCCAAAGAAGAAUGGUCUAAAAUUCCAGCAGAGAAUUGUAGGAAGCUCAAUGAUGGAUACCGGAAGCGGUUGUUCGCAGUUAUUAUGUCUAAAGGUUAUGCUACCAAUUAUUAGGCUGUGGGUGUCAAUACCUUUGUCCAGUCCAUUUUUGGAGUUUUGUGUAAAAUGCUAAUGAUUUUUUUUCAUUCUCUUUUGUGUUUUUCUCAUUGCAAGCAAAAUAAAUUAAGAUAUUACUACCAAAGAAUUUGUAAUUGCAAUCAUUUUCUGGGACAAAUUGAGCAUUAUUUGACAGAAUUGCAGGGGUCCCAAUACUUUUGGCCAGCACUUUAGAUGUUUACAUGCAGCUGACCGCCUUAAACAGGUCAAAAAGUCAAGACUCAAAAAGUUGACCUCCACUUCACUUAUUCGUUGGACUUUUUAAAGGCGACUAACAGGUCUUUGAGGCUCACAUUUCGAGCUAAUAGACAGGUGUUCAACAUUUCAAAUACUUAUUUGCGGCAGUAUAAUACAAAUAAAUUGUAAAAAAAAAAAAAAAAAAAAAAGUCAUACACAGUGAUUUCUGGAUUUUUUUAUUCUUUAGAUUGUCUCUCACAGUGGACAAGCAUCUACCAUGAAAAUUACAAUUUUCCUCACUGUAUGUGAACAUUACAUUUUUUUCAUUUAGGCCAAAUUUGUACCCAAAUGUUAACAUUGUGACCCAUAAGGUGAUGUCAAAGUAUGUGGAUGCCAUUGCAGGUUUAUAAAGGGUUCAAAUACACUAUUCUUGGGAAAACCAUUUUCUCUGAUCUCGGACUUAAACUCUUUCACUGCCAUUUAAAGCAAUUGACUUCCAAUCUAAAUAACUGGGACCCCUCCCAGUUCAAAUGGAUUGGUUGUCAAUGGCAGCCAUUGAGUUGAGGGUGACAUUGUCAUUUCGGGUUUUGGAAAUUCAUCAGCUCUUUUAGAAAGCUUUUUAUUGUAUGCCAAAGUGUUUCAAGCUUUAAGGUUCAUUUUGACACUAGCGUUCAUAAGCUAUUGUUGUAAAAGCGGAUUGGAAUGACAAGAAAGGCCAAUUUUUCAAAUAUGAUGGACUGUUUAUGCAUGAAUGUAAAAAAAAAAAAAAAAGUGCCUGCAACUCUUCUUGACAUCCACUUAGUCAUUUUUUCAUAGAAAGUACUGAACGGUUUGGAUAAAGAUGUUGACCUCUAAAUGUUUACAUCCAGUCUCAAGAAAGUUGUUUUGAGAAACAAUGAAGGACUGUACAUACAACUACUCUGACAUUUAACUUGAAGCUUUAUAUGUGUAUAUAUACAAGGUAUAUAGCCCUCGGAGCACUUUUUUUGUACCUUUUUUUCCUUCCUUUUUUUUCUUUUGUAUAUUAAUGUUAUGUUUUUGUACUUUUUCAUUUUCUUUUGCGAAUGCCAAUAAAUCUACUGCCUGCUGGUUUCCUUCCAACAUCUUUAUUGCGACAAAAAAACAACAACAGCAAGAGGUUUAAUCUU